CAUUCAAUGCUCCAAGCACAAUGUCGAAAACUAAAGCAAAUCUCUUGUGUUUUGACCCUGGUUUAUCGAGCAAGAGUGCGUUAAAUCGACGAUGAUUUUACUAAAGAAAGGCUACUUUAUCCCGUGCUAGACACCGAAGUAUGUUCAAUUACAUUUCGAAAUGUUUUUCUCGCAUAUCCAAGCGGGAUUCGAGAGAUGUCAAACUUCUGAUGUUAGGAAUUGAUAACGCUGGCAAAUCAACUAUUAUCAAUGAUUUGAAAGGAGAACCCAAAGAGUCGACAGUUCCAACAAUCGGGUUUUCCAGUGCGGAGUUCAAGUUAUUGAAUUUUAAAGUGACAGCUUAUGAUGUUGGUGGUGGACCUCGUAUCCGAGGAAUAUGGAAAGAUUAUUAUGCGGAGAUAUUUGGCGUUGUUUAUGUUGUUGACGCAAGUGACCGUGAGAGAAUAGCAGAUUCCAGAACAGUUUUACGUGAAGCAUUAUCAGACUCAAGACUCUCUGGGAAACCUUUUGUUGUGUUUGCAAAUAAACAAGACAUUGAUGGAGCAAUGUCUGAACAAGAUAUUGAUAUGGAAUUUGAGUUAGAACAGUUGGCAAAGAAAUGUGAAAGUCAUUAUAAAGUUUUCCAGUGCACAGCUUUACUCAAUGAGGGUCGAAAAAUUGACAGUCAGCUGAAGAAAGGUUUAAGAUGGUUAUUACAAACUAUGAAUGAGGAUUUUGCAUCUUUGAAGGAGCGAGUUGAGAAAGAUGUUGAGAUUCAGAAAGAGGCUGAGAAGAAGACGAGGACUGAGCGCUUGGAAAGGGUUAGAAAAAAUCGGGAAGAAAGAGAACGCGCCGAACGAGAAAAGGAAGCCGCUAAAAAUAAAGAGACUGUCGAUUCUGAUGACGAAGGCGUUGUUUUUGGAAAUGUGUUACCAAGGGUAAAGGAUCUCUCGAAAACGAAGGGAAACAGAACAAAAAAAUUAGAAUUUGAGGAAGAGAAUGUGGAAAAUGUUGACGAAAACGUGGAACAACCUGAGUUACAAAACGUGGUUAAUCAACGGAAUACCGAAGAUAUAAUCGAAGAACCUCUGUCAGAAAAUAUUCAUCAACUAAACGAGAGUGAAAACCAAGCAGUAACUAAGAAGAAACGAAAAAAGAAGAAGAAAGCGAAACGUAAUCAAACUGUUCCGAGUGACGAUGGAGAGAAUAGCGACGCUGGAAUCGUUUUGAAACCGAUUGCUUGGAGAGGUUCAUCGAUGCCAUUAAACGGUUUCCCUGGCAAUGGCAGGAAAUUAGAGCCAAUCAGGGCUCCGCUACACAACAAUCUUUGUUCGCCAUCACCUAAAACAAGUCCAGUUUUUGAUAAAGACAAUCAAUUGGAACAGUUUUGUAAUGGUCAUAGUCGCUCGUUUCGACCACGACCAAAUGAAGAAGAUUGUGAAGUCAUAACAUGA